GUCGGGUGUCGUCCUUCAGCCUCCGGGCGUCGGGGAUCUGCGGCGGGAGGACGCGGAUCUUCUGCUUCCCACGCCGCGCUAGCUGCACCCAUGUCCCUACCCUUGGACUCUUCUUCGGAACACUCGCUUGGUCUGCACCUACUCGUCCUCCUAAGAUGCAUCCUGACCUGUCUCCACACUUGCACACUGAAGAAUGCAACGUCUUGAUUAACUUGCUUAAGGAAUGUCACAAAAAUCACAACAUUCUGAAGUUUUUUGGCCAUUGCAAUGACCUUGAUCGGGAAAUGAGGAAGUGCUUGAAGAACGAGUACUCACAGAAGAGGACCAGGAGCAGGGAGCACGGCGCUGCAAUGCGAAGGAGGCUUUCUGAUCUUCCAGAGGAAGCUGGGAGAUAGGCUCACUGGAUGCCUCGGCUGGGAGACCUGAAAUCCCUUCCUUUUGGCCUCUAGUACUCUUUGAAUGAAAAGUACUCUGUGAAGAACUGAACCACAGAGAACCACUGGAAUGUGGGUUCUCAGUAUGUGCUGAACUUUAGUGCCAUGCACUGUGUCUGCGAAAGUUUCCUCUGCUGCUGCCCUGAGUCUGCGUCCACCUCAUCCUGACUCACCUCCUGCAAUAAAGUCCUUGGACAGUG